ACUUUAUACUCGUAUCACAGGGCGCUGCCAUAUUUGUGUCAUUGAACAGACUUUCGCUCGCAGGGGUCGUUUCGAGGCGUAACCUGCUGACAGAUCAGGAUGCUGCCUCUGAUGCCCGUUAGGAGGGCUCUGUCGGCUCACAACCUGCUGAAGCAUGCAUUGCGAGCCAACUCGACAGGUGCCCCAGAGAAAAUAGAAGUAUUUGUUGAUGACAAGAGUGUGUUGGUAGAACCAGGCAUCACAGUGCUGCAGGCCUGUGCUGAGGGGGGUGUAGAGAUUCCUCGGUUCUGCUACCAUGACCGUCUCUCCAUCGCUGGAAACUGCAGGAUGUGUCUGGUGGAGGUGGAGAAGUCGCCCAAGCCGAUUGCCUCGUGUGCGAUGCCAGUGAUGAAAGGGAUGAGGAUCAAGACUGACUCUCCUGUCACCAGGAAGGCCAGAGAGGGUGUGAUGGAGUUCCUGCUGGUGAACCACCCCCUUGACUGUCCCAUCUGUGACCAGGGAGGAGAGUGUGAUCUGCAGGACCAGUCGAUGGCUUUCGGGAGUGACAGAAGCAGAUUCACAGAUACUCACUUCACUGGCAAGAGAGCUGUUGAAGACAAAAAUGUUGGCCCCUUGGUGAAGACAAUUAUGACCAGGUGCAUUCAUUGUACAAGAUGUAUCAGGUUUGCAAGUGAGGUGGCAGGAGUUGAGGACCUGGGCACAACAGGCCGGGGAAAUGACAUGCAGGUCGGCACAUACGUUGAGAAGAUGUUCAAGUCUGAAUUGUCAGGCAAUGUCAUUGACUUGUGUCCUGUUGGAGCUCUCACGUCCAAGCCGUACGCCUUCACAGCCAGACCCUGGGAGACCAAAAAAGUUGAGAGUGUAGAUGUGAUGGAUGGUUUGGGAAGCAACAUCGUUGUCACCAUGAGGACGAAUGAAGUGAUGAGAAUUGUCCCUCGCAUGAAUGAGGCUAUCAAUGAAGAAUGGAUCUCCGAUAAGUCCCGGUUUGCGUACGAUGGCCUGAAGCGCCAGCGCUUGACAUCACCGUUUGUGAAGAAUGCUGAAGGGAACCUUGUGGCCACAGACUGGGAGAACGCUUUCAUCAGGGUGGCACAGAAGUUCCGUGAAGUGAAAGGAGACCAAGUGGCGGCUGUAGCUGGAGGCCAGGUAGAUGCUGAGGCCCUUAUCAGUCUCAAAGACCUCCUCAACAGACUGGGCAGUGAGGGGCUGUGUACAGAGGAGAUCUUCCCCAUGGAUGGAGCUGGCACGGACCUACGGUCCAACUACCUGCUCAACACACGUAUUGCUGGCAUCGAGGAGGCUGACCUGCUUUUGCUGGUCGGGACCAACCCCCGCUAUGAGGCGCCUGUCUUUAACGCCAGGAUCAGAAAGAGCUGGAUCCACAAUGACCUACAAGUUGCGAUGGUGGGGACACCGGUGGAUCUGACAUAUGAGUACGAUCAACUUGGGGAUACAGCCUCAGUGUUGGAGAGUCUGGCUAGUGGCAAACAUCCCUUCUGUCAGACGCUGAAUGCAGCCAAGAAGCCCAUCAUUGUUGUCGGCAGCAGUGUGCUGCAGAGAGAGGAUGGUGCCGCCAUACAUGCCGCUGUGUCCACGCUGGCCGAGAAUGUCCGCUCCAACAGUGGAUGUGGGCCAGACUGGAAGGUGCUCAACGUCCUUCACAGGGUGGCCAGCCAGGUGGCAGCACUUGACCUCGGCUACAAGGCUGGCGUGGAUCACAUCCGUCAGAAUCCUCCGAAGGUCCUGUUCAUGCUUGGGGCUGACGAGGGGGCAAUCACAAGAGAAGACCUGCCAAAGGAUUGCUUUGUCGUAUACCAGGGUCAUCAUGGUGACAGAGGAGCUGAGAUGGCAGAUGUGAUCCUCCCUGGAGCGGCGUACACGGAGAAGGAUGUGACGUAUGUCAACACCGAGGGCCGUGCACAGUUGACCAGGACGGCCGUUACACCUCCAGGUCUCGCUCGCGUUGACUGGAAGAUCAUCAGGGCCUUGUCAGAGAUGAUUGGAGUGACCUUGCCCUAUGACAAGAUCACAGAGGUGAGGCGGAGGCUGGGAGAGGUCGCCCCGAACCUGGUCCGGGUCGGCGAUGUUGAAGAUGCCAACUACUUCACACAGGCUCAGCAGCUGGCACAAUUGGUGAAGAAGCCUCUUGGCGCCAGCCCUCUCACCCCAUCUCAACAAGAACUGAAGGAUUUCUACAUGACCGAUUCCAUCAGCCACGCCUAGACGAUGGCCAAGUGUGUACAAGCCUCCAGUGAGGCUAACAAAUACUGAACUUCUGUGUAGACAGAUAUGCUGUUUAUCACUGUGCUUCAAGACAUCUCGUUGUGCUUCAGACCUUGAUUCUGAUUUGACAAGGGAGAAAGUAUACUUACAUCCUUUGUUCUGAUUGGCCAAAAUGUUUGGGAAGGAUUUGAAAAUAUUCCUUUGAAAGAAACAGUGCUGUUGACUAUUUGGCAACAAAUACAUGAAUUUUGUUGUGUUUUUAGCCUUUGAAGGGUUUAUACUAAUGAUGUCAUUAAGAACAUCUGUAUUUCUUAGACCUUCCAUUGUUUUGAAGCUUCCCAGUGUUCAGGAAUAACUCCUACAGAUCAGCUUGGCCUGUUACUGGUCAUACAAGGAAGCCCUAUUCUGACUGUAUAUAUUUCACAUAGUAUUUAUGAAUGGGCAUAUUUUAGUGAAAAAGGUGUUUGUGAAUUGAAGUUGUUAAUGAACAUUUGUAAAAUAAAGAAUAUGUGGACAUA